AUGGGCGACUUGGCUUUCAAAUCUUUCCCAGCGCUUUUCAAUGCUUGUGUUACACGGAGAAAGCCCAACAAGAUCGCGAGCCCAACAAAGAGGCCCUCCGAUCGGGGACUUAUUGGUUACACGACUAGAACACGUGCCUGGCCUCGUAAGGCCCUCGUCACAGUGGGCUUGGUGGCAUUGACCAUGCUGUCAAAGAAGCCACGCGAGGACCGACCGUCUUCCUUCUCUGUGACCUGGAAGAGGCUCCCGGCUGCCUGCAACACGGUUGAUGAUGCCGCCGUACGGAUUAAGGGUGCUGGCUGUGAUGUCAAAGACCUCCAGAGCCUUGGAGUUGACGAGCAUGGUGUCACACGGAAGUGGCCCAAUAUCACACGGUUAUUCAAGGGCUACGAUGACGGUAUCCAAGGUCAAGUCCCUCACAGAAUCCUUGUAUUUAAAAAGUUUUCAAUAAGGCCUCACGGAAAACCAAGAACCCUUGAUACCAAAGACUGUUAUUAG